GCGGCCCUGCAGCUGCAGGAGGCCGUGCUCAGAAGGGCUGGGGACAGAGAUGUUGAACCAGACGGACCGAUGAGUUAAGAGGUGGCCCUGAUCCGGCUUUUCUAGGCACUCUGAAGAUGGGGACUCAAGUGGUUAGGAGACUCUGUAACUCCCUGCUGCCCACAGAGCCCUCUCAACAGCUCCAGGCGUAUGUGGCCUGGGUGAAUGCACAGCUCAAGAAGAGGCCAGCAGUGAAGCCCGUGCAGGACCUGCGACAGGAUCUUCGGGAUGGGGUGAUCCUGGCAUAUCUCAUCGAGAUCGUUGCAGGAGAAAAGCUGAAUGGGGUACAGUUGAGUCCCAGUAACCAACAGGAGAUGAAGAACAAUGUGGAGAAAGUGCUACAGUUCGUGGCCUCCAAAAAGAUUCGUAUGCACCAGACUUCGGCUAAAGAUAUUGUGGAAGGAAACCUGAAGUCUAUCAUGAGGCUGGUCCUUGCCUUGGCAGCUCAUUUCAAACCUGGCUCCAACAGGACAGUGAGCCAAGGACGGGACUCCAGAACCCCUCUGCAGAGUCACCAACCACACUGUGCCACUGCUGUGGCCCAGGGGGCAGCUGCCGCUCUGGCUGAUGUGUGUCAUGACAUGUCACGGUCGGGACGGGAUGUCUUUCGAUACAGGCAGAGGAACAACAGCGUGGACGAGGAGAUUGAGAACCCGUACUGGAGCGUGCGAGCCCUGGUGCAGCAGUAUGAAGGGCAGCAGAGGUCCCCGUCUGAGUCCAGCUGUAACAGGUAA